AUGGCAGCGGUGGAGGGCAGCCCGGAGUCCAGCAGUUGGUACGACAGAGCAGCCCCGGGGCUGAGGCAGCAACUGACCAGGAAACAAUGGAGAAAUCAGCAGAAGAACAAGCGGCGGCAGAAGAACAAAUUCAAGGCCUCCAACGGCCAGCCUCUGGCGUCUUCUGAAGCAGAGGAGCCUCCUGAUGACCAGGGAAGCCUGACCCCAGAUACGGAGGCGCCUAGCAGGCAGACGCCGUCCCUGCGGCAGCGUCUGGAGAGCCGCCUGGAUGCUGCUCGCUUCCGCUACAUCAACCAGCUGCUGUACACACACUCCAGCCAAGAGGCAGCCCAGCUUUUCCAGGAGGACCCUGAGGCUUUAGCUGUCUACCACCGAGGGUUUGCCCUGCAGGCAGCCCGCUGGCCCGAGCGACCCGUGGAACACUUUGUGCACUACCUUCGCCGCAGACCGGCCUCCCUGGUUGUAGCCGACUUUGGCUGUGGGGAUUGCACCCUGGCUCGUAGCCUGCCCAACCGGGUGCACUGCUUCGACCUGGCGGCCCUGGACCCGCGGGUGACCGUCUGCGACAUGGCCCAGGUGCCGCUAGAGGACGCCUCCGUGGACGUGGCCGUCUUCUGCCUGGCGCUGAUGGGCACCAACCUGCACGAGAUCCUGCAAGAGGCUCACCGCGUCCUGCGAGCCGGGGGGACGCUGCUGGUGGCCGAGGUGGCGAGCCGCUUCGCGGACCUCCGGGCCUUCCUGGGGGCGCUGGCCCGGCUGGGCUUCCGGCUGAUCUCCAAGGAUGUCUCGGGCAGCCACUUCUACAGCUUCGAACUGCGCAAGACCGAGCGGGCGGCGAAGGCGGCGGAGGAGCCGCGCGGACUGGCGCUGCGGCCCUGCCUCUACAAGCGCCGCUGACCAAUA